CCUUAGCGUCGAGAGCUGCGCCGUGAAGAAAAAACUCGCGUGAGUGAGUGUUGCAUUCAAGCUCGAUUUGCGGUGUGCGUAAACUAUUGACUUAAUUAGUUCGAAGUAGAUUAUUUCACAAGUAGUGACGCCCUGUGUGUGUUCUAGCAGGUGAGAAAACCACCGUCACCGUCAUGAAGCCAUUGCAGUGAGUGCCAAGUGUCGAAAGCUGUCGGUCGGGGUUGCGGAGAACUGAUCGUGGCGCGUCCGGAUAUGCUAAAUAGCAAUUUAUUAUCGUGCUGUUUUUAGAGGUAUUCUGCUAAAAAUAUCUUCCCUGUUGUGUUGUGGGCACACCGAGUGAGGGCGUUGCCAAAUAAAAGUGUUUGCGUUGGUGUGCAGAAGAGGAAAGUAAAGAAAACAGGGAAAAAACAAGUGUCUGCUAUCAUCGGCGGUAACAAGCGGUGUGCAUAUUCGUGAAAGUGAUUUUAGAAGAAGAAAAACAAAUACUAGCACUCAACGCUUCUUUACAAGUGGUAGACUCAUAAGAGAAGAGAUAAAAAAAACGAGAACGAACACCACACUUUCCGAUAUUUGUUUGGUUCCGGAUCGUUGGGAGCCGUGUGAUCCAGUUUUGUGUUACGCCAAGCGUUGUCGGACUGAAAACUAGACGAGAAUGUUGAGAAUGUCGAUGGAGAAGGAAUAGUGUGAUAUUUCAGCCAGAAAGCGGGGCACCCGCGGCGGCAAAUCUAUCUACACCCCGGGCUUGCUCGAAACGACCUCGCGUAUGUUUGUUUACGGCAUUUCUGACCGGCCCGACAUAUUUGCGUACGACGAAUCAUCGCCCUCAGCAGAGGCAACAAAACAGCAGCGCUAAUAGAAUUAUACACACCGCACCGCAGCAGAGGGACCCCACGUUGCGGCGUUAGAAUCCUUUACUGCAUACCCCGAAGUUAGAGAUAGACAAGAAGACAACGUCGUUAAAACCGUCCAUCGGCAACAGCAACAACAACACCAACCGCAACAACGUCGGCGCAUACAACCACACAGCCCUGGUCUGGCUCAAGAGCCUGGUCUGGCCUGUUCCUUCUCACUAGUUUGGCGACCGUCGAGCCGUUGAGACACGUUUUUUGGUUUGCUUUGCCUCGCGAACGCGUGUGGGCAUAGAAUUACAUUCGGGAGUUGGUAACCGUAACGUGCCGGUGGAUCAUAACCGGGCCACUACCAGAGGGGGGCGUUCACUAUUUCGCCGUGCCGUGAAAGUAGUUAUCUCAUUUUAGGAUCGCGAAGAUUAUUGCGUCACUGUGAACACGACGAAGGCGGUGGCGACGGCGGCGAAGACCGGUUUAAAGUCGCGGAAAACAAAACAAGCGCCUAUUGCGUCGGUGAAGUUUAUUCAACCCGCGACUGCUGCUGACAUUCACACACAUGAGAGUGGCACUAAAAUGUCACGUUAUAUGUAACGCGCUGUGUGGGGAUCAGAGUGUGAGGUUUACAAGCAGGUUAAUUAAUCCUAAGUUUUGAUUGAUGCGAUUUGAGUUUUGCUUUCCCAGUAUUUUGGCACACGUGAGUGUUUAACCAUGGUAGCGAAACAGUGAUGCAAAUUGCAAAUGUGAAUGCUAAUGCUGAUGAUGAUUACGAUCGAUCGCGCUACUCAAAGCCAUAAAAAUAAUCUAUCUUUGCCAGCAAAGUGUGUGUGAUCAUCAAACGAAUAACCCCCCAAAAAAAGCACAGCGCGAAAGGGCGGAAAAGCGCAAGAAGUGAAGUGAAAAUUGUGUCAUAUCUACAUGCGGCAAGUGGAGCAGUCAUGUCAAAAUCGAUGCUGUUGUGAGAUCAUUUGCCAGGUUGUGAUCAUGCAGUUGAUGAAGUGAUUGUGAAGUGCGCGCAGAAAAGGGCUGCUUCAUAUAUAGAAAGAGAGCCUGUGUGUUUUUUUUCUUCUUCAUAACAACUAGUUAUACAAUUCAUUCGGAGAAACUUAUUAUUAUUUGCACGUGAAUCGUUAUCAAAUCCAGAAGCCAGGAUGAACGGAGUCACGCUAAUGGACGAGAACGAUGUGGACAUCAAGAGCCCCAUCCGGCGGCUGGGAUCGACCCGCAAACUCAAUCUUUUCAACAACAUCCGACAGCAGCUGAAUGAACAACUCAAGUUUCUCGAUGUUCGCAUGGAAUCGCAGAUCUCGCUGAUCCAAGAAUUGCAAGACUUCUUCCGACGGCGCGGCGAAGUGGAGUUGGACUACAGCAAAAGUUUAGACAAGCUGGCGAAGAGCUUGCAGCUUCGACACAAGGAACAGCGACAGAAACGUGAGCAGUGGCCCAUGUUUUCUUCGUACUCCUGCUGGCAGCAGCUGGUUAAUCAGACCAAGUCCCUAUCGCGUGAUCACGCGGCCCUAUCAGAGAUCUAUUCGGUGCACCUUGUGGCCCGGUUGCAGUCUGUCUGGGAUGAUGUACAGCGAAUAUACAGAAAAUGCCGCGAGAUCGGCUUCGAAACACACGUCGAAAUUCUGCGCAUCCUGCAGGAGUUGCACACCAAUAUGAAGACCUACCACACCUACCAAACGGAGGCCAAGGAGGCCGAGAAAAAGCUGCGGGCCGCGGAGAACCAGCGCAUGAAGCUGCAGCAGAGCGUUCCCAAGGAAAAGUUGGAGCGCAGCAAAAAGUACCGCCUCAUCGAGAAGGAGGUACUCAAACGCAAGAACAAAUACACCGACGCAAGACUGAAGGCCCUCAAGGCCAAAAACGAAUACCAGCUGUGCUUGGAGGCGUCCAACACCACAAUCCACAAAUACUUCGUGGAGGAUCUGAGCGAUCUCAUUGAUUGUAUGGACCUUGGCUUCCAUUCGGUCGUCUCUCGGGCCCUAUUGAUGCACGUUUCGGCCGACCAGGGUCGCUGUCGGGCCGUUCUAAACAACACAGAAACCCUGUCGCACAUCAUCAACUCGAUGGACAGCCGGGCCGAUAAGCAAAAGUUCCUCGAACAGCACAGCGCCGCGUUUAUGAUCCCCAAACGGCUCGAGUUCCAGGGACAAGAGGACGACAUCGAACCAGAGCUGCAGAAGGCUCUCCACCAGGAGAUGGAAUCACGGCUCGUGCAGCUCGAACAACGGGUAAACAACCUCCGUAUGGAGUCGGAGGAAAUAUGGAAGACGCUGGAAACGGCUGAAAUUAAUUUGCUGGAGAUCUUGAACACAAAGGACUACGACUGUACGGGGUCCUUCGGCGAUGGUGCCGUUGGUAUCCCAAAGCCGGAGAAUACUGCACUCAAGCUUAGGUCAGACAAGAAUGAGAUUGAGGAAUUCUACAUCACGAAAAUCCGCGAGUACAUCCUCGCGACGUCCCGAAUAGCUAGGCUCGACUCGAAGGCCGAGUUCCUGCGGAACGCCCUGACGGCGGACUCAGCCCUCAAAACCGAUACGCUAACCAAGUCGAACGCGCCGAAGCGAAAGCGUAUCGGCCGAAUGAACAAAUCCGGCCGACCGAAGCUGUUCGGUGGGUCACUCGAGGAGUACCUCGAAGCAACCGGAGAGGAAAUUCCACUGAUACUGAGAAGCUGCAUUCGGGUUAUCAAUUUAUAUGGACUUCAUCACCAGGGUAUCUUCCGGGUGUCCGGAUCUCAAGUAGAAAUAAGUAACUUUAAGGAGGGUUUCGAGCGGGGUGACGAUCCGCUCGCCGACACGACCGACGCAUCCGACAUCAACUCCGUGGCUGGGGUGCUAAAACUGUAUUUACGUGAACUGCGCGAACCGCUCUUUCCGCUGAUCUACUUCGAUCACUUUGUAACGCUGGCACAACUCGAAUCAAAGCACGAGAUCGUAUCGGGCAUUCGCAAGUUCUUUGGGAGCCUACCGAAAUCAGUGGUGAUCGUAAUUAGAUAUCUGUUCGCGUUUUUGAACCACCUGUCGGAGUACUCGGAUGAAAACAUGAUGGACGCCUACAAUUUGGCCAUAUGCUUCGGACCCACCCUGAUGCCGGCCCCGGAGGACAAGGACCAGGUGCAGUACCAGAAUCAGGUGAACGAACUGAUCAAGAAUAUCAUCGUGUACCAUGCCGAGCUGUUCCCGAAGGAUCUGGUGGGAAUGCAAUACGAGAAGUUUAUUUCGUCCGAACCCUUCGAAGAUAUUGAUGUAGGGGACUCACCAACGGAGCAAGUCUCGGAGGAUCCAGACUCUGAGGUGUAUCCCUCGGAGGACGAAUCUGACACAUUUGAAGCCAUUGUACAGUUCGACUUCAACGCACGUUCGGAACGUGAACUCUCGCUACGGAAGGGUGAUAAUGUGAUACUCUAUAAUCAGGUUUCCAACGAUUGGUGGCGUGGAGCCGUGAAUGGAAGGACUGGCCUGGUUCCCGACAAAUAUAUUUCGCUAAAGAUUAAGGAUGAGGAUCGCGACAAAAGUGAGCACCUCAAAUCAUCCAGCUCGGAAGAAUCCGUCCGGAAGCGCCGUCCCAGCGGUAACAUUUCGAUCAACAGCCAGCUCUCGAUAUGCACGCAGAACUCGAACACGCUCUCUAACAUCACUUGUGGCAGUGAUUACACCGGGUCCACAAUCAGUGCUAACACCCAGGGAGGUGGGGGAAUCUGUGGCGGUGGAGGAAUAAUGGUCCCACAGGCGAAUCUCAUACAAAAUUCAAUGUCGUCCUCGCCCGGCCAUCCCCAGUAUCAAACUAUUCAGCAGCAACAGCAGCAACAGCAACAACACCAGCAGCAGUUAGUUCAGCACCAACUCCAACCAAUCAACAGCCAGGUGACCCAUCAGCCACCCCUGCCGACGGCUCAUCCCCUGAUCGGAGAGAAACUGGCGGCGGAUCUGAAGGACCCGGACUACAUCCACUACGACACGGUAGACCUGAAGGGAUCCACUUACAGCUACCACGACGAACCGCACUCGUUCGAGACCUCGGCCGAAUUCCUGGAGGACAUGAAUCACUUCACAUUCGAGCCCCAGAAACCCUCGGAACCAAUCUACGCCGAACCGACCAAGAUAACCGUCCAUCGGGACAAGUCGCCCGCCCCGGAGUGCUCCGGGGGUGGUGACAGCAACAGCAACGACGAAUCGGACAUCGAAGCGGUCGAGUUCCGGUCCAAGCUCGGUGGCAUGGGAGAUCCACCGGAACACACGAAAUCCUCUCUAGUGUUGAACCGCCGCAGCGAUAUGCUGCUCCCUUCGGCCAAAUCGACUGACGAGAAAAAUCGGAUGUCCGACUCGCUGAUGGCGGCCGGAGCGAACCAGAAUGUGGACGAAAAUGGCGAGUCCCGUCCGAUGAGAAAAUUUCACUCCAAGAGCUUCAGCCUGUCGGAGAACAAGCUCAGCCUGGCGGCGACACCCGUCUCGUCCGGAUCGUCAACGUUGAAUGUGUUUCAGCACAAUCGGGACCUGUGGCAGAAACGAGCCACCCAGAGUUCGUACCAGAAUCUGACCACGUCGAGAAUUUUGAGCCGGAAUAGAAUCGCCCCAGAUUUGGUGAUGGAUUUGCCUCCGGCGAUUGGUAAGGAUUGUGUGGGGAGUGCUUCCAGAGAUUCGUUGGACGCCGAGCUGGAGGAUAUGACGUCGGCGGAACGGUUUGCGGCUCAGAAUCAGUGCACGCUGAAGAAAAACGAACGAUUCUCGACCGAAUCGGUGGUAUACGAAAAUAGUGGUAAGAAGGAGGUCAAAUUGGACGUGAAGGGUGGACCGCCUGCGGAUAAACCGAAAGCGGAGGUGAAACCCCAAGAAAGCAGUAUUAAAACGCCGACUUUGGCGGAUGGUUCCAGGGUUUUCGACGAAGCUGGCGGCGCCGGUGACGAUAAGGAGAUCGUUACCAAAGUUACACUGGAGGAAAGCCUUCACAUUGAGGAAUUCACUAGCAGCAGCGGUACCGUCGAGGGCAUCCAGCUUUCUUCGCUGGCUACCAAAGAACUAGCUAAGAGUCCAAUUCCCGCGCGAAACACGCAAAAGUUUGUGUCCCAAUUUGCCGACCUGCAUUUGACCGGUGGCUGUCUGAUAAAGUCGUCGGAGGCAACGUCUUCCGCUGCCGCCACAUCGCUCGCACAGGAGCAGCAAGCUAAGAGUCUCAGUUCCUUCAAGCCCCAGGUUAAGGUUAAACCACAAAUCCUGAAGAAACCCCAGGUUUUGCCGCCGCAAACGCCCGAGAUGGCGCGGAGAGCGCACGAAUAGAACCGACGUAUGGGACUCGGUUUGCGGUCCAAAACACUCAACCUGUAAGUGAUAUACCAAAAACAAAACGGAAUCAAUCUUCAUUGUAAAUGAGGAAAUUUUGCUCGGAAUGAACAGAAGCGGAAUGUUGAACGAAUGUUGCGGGAACUGGGAUACAGGGUUGGCCCCACCAUUUAGGGAAAGUAAGGGCCGUCAGAUUCAUACACACAUACACACUCACACACAAGCAUACACAAGUAUCAGGCAGGCUUUUGGUCGACUUUUUAGGCUUACGAAUGGUAGAGAGAUUGGAAAGCAAAACAAACACCAAUAUUUGAAUGUAACAAUAAUAUUAAUAUUUAAGACUGGAUUGGUACAAUAUAGAAGUCGAGGUAAAAUCUAGAAACACAGGCGAACAAGAAAAAAAACAUUAGAUCACAGUUAGAAAACUCUCAAAUCAAAGAAAUCGAAUUUCUAAGUCAGUAGAGGUACAGUUUUUUUUAAAAUAAGUGUAUGGGAAUUAGAUUGUGGAUGAGAGAUUUUUAGACGGGAACGGUUAUCGAACAUCACAAGCUAUCAUAUUUACAAGAAGAGAAGACGUAACGCUUUUCCAGUGAUUGGUGGUGCAUCAUCUGUUUAUGAUAUUAAGCAUUAGUUAAAGUUUUAUCUCUAAAAAAAAUACCUUUGAUUUUAUACUAUUGUAAACAUCGAAUUUUCUAGGUUAAGUUGAAUCACGCCACGUGGCGAGUGUGAACCAAUUUUAAUGGGGACAUCUUAAUUCGUAUUUUUUAUAUUUGUAGACAACGCGAUUGAAAUUGGAUCAAUGAUAAAAGUAUACUCGUAUUUGCUCUAUUCGUUCGUGUCGAAAGAAGCGAACCUUUUUGUUUUCACAUUUUGAAACGACCCGCCGAUAUUGGGAUUUUGGUUUGGGUUUAUGUUUCGAAACCCCGCUGUGAUGUCAGUUUGAAGACGCGCAAGACACAGAGGGCAUAAAGCAUUGAGAUGAGCAGCAGAAGAAUUGUACCAAUAUUUUCCCUCUACCAGGAACAAACAAUACUAAACACGUUAAUAAUCGCAGCAAACCAGCCAAAAAAAAAACUCUUCGUUGUCCAUUACAUACACUGAUUAUCAUGAAUCAGUCAAGCAAAUCAAAACGAGCCUAUUUCUAGGUGAACACCAUUAUCAGAGCAAACCAAAUUCGAAAAAAGGAAAACAAACUUAAACGAAACUAAUGAAAUACGAAAUGCUGUCUAGCUCUAUAAACCCUAAUCAAGAAAACAAAACAAAUCAUGAGAAAAUAACGUAUGAAAUAAUUAUCUCUCUGUAUUAGCGAACGUAAAUUCCUUAUUCGAUCAUGCAUCAUUAUUAUACAAACAGACGAACAAAAAAAAAUCGCAAACAAACGUCAACCAACUCGUAGCCAUUACCUUUUUAAAUUAUCCAUCAAAUGUUCCACAGAAUAAUAAAGAAAACGAAAUCAGUCAUUAAUCAUUAGGA